ACUUUAUCAACUCAAACCAAUAUGUCCCUUUCAAGUAGAAGUGGUUUACGUCAAAAGUCAUCAGCUUUACUACUCAAUGGUUUAUCAAGUAGUACUUCAGCAUCCAUCAAUACCAAAUCCAUCAUCCUCAAUCAAUCUCAUGAUCCAACUUCACCUAAUCCUAACGUGACAUCGGCUGCAAGGAUUUCGAUUUUAGAAGACGAUCCAUGUCCUUGGGAAGAUGAAACAAAUCCACUUAAUCUCUCUUCUAAUCCGAAUCAAUCUAUUUCGGAUGGUUCAUCUUCAUCGCCUGCACCCUCGACUGGUGCUAAUACCAUUGAUACACUGAAAAUCAUGGCUCAAAAACGAAUCACUACUUUUAUUUACCUGAAAAAAGUUCAUGAAGGCAAAGUUCAUUGGUUUAACACGAUCUUACUGACCAGAGCCGAGUUGGAGAAAUCGUUUGAUCAGCAGCGGAUGCAGCGUCGGACCACGAGAUUUGCAGUACUUGGAAUGUCUUUAUCAUCUUUACUCGAUAUCAUGACUUUUCAUGACUUUCUCAAGGGUUUGAUCAACCUCUUACUCGAGUACGAAACGAUACCAGACGAUAAUUUCAAGCCCAAGAUGAAAGGUAUGUUCAGACAAUCCAAAACUCCUCGAAAGUCAACCUCUGCACCCGAUUACCCAAUCACUCUACAAGAGUCUGGGGAAUCCUCGUAUCUCUUCGCACCCAAUAUACCAUUCGACUUGGAUUACUUUGAAGUCUGGAUCACUCUUUGUGACAUAAUCGUAGAAAUCUAUCAAAAGAUUGUUGCUUUUAUUAGUAACGCAUCUGCUACCAGUCCUCAAACGUUAAACGCUCCGACUUUCAAUAGUGCUGGUACUUCAAUUCCUACCAAUAGGCCUAUGGCAGCUUCGGGGGGUGGUGGCUUAGCGUCUCAGACUACAUUACAGGGUAAUCUUAGCCAACAAUCUAUCGACAUGAUCAAUAAAGUUGAUGGAAAAUUAAAGAAACUCGUGGUGGUGGUCACAAAAGAGAUUGACACAAUCGCUCGCGCAGCGAUACGUGAAGAAUUAGCUCAACUAGAUCCAAUGUUGGCUGCAAUGGGUGCCGGACCAUGGGAUUCAUGAAUUUGUAAUAACAUUAUCAAUAAGUUCUUGCGUCCAACUAGGAUGACUCUCAUCUUUUCUAGCAUAUAAAUGAUAACUCCACUGGAAAGAACCUUCUUUUUUGUUGUAAUACUAACUUGCAAUGUGACAUUUAGAUUUCUCUUCCUUUUUUUCGACCAUCAGGCUGUUUUUUUGUUUAAAUGUGGCUUCUUUUUUCGUGGAUUCAUUGUUUACUUUUAACUCUUUUAAACAUUCUUAGUUUCAGUACAUAAGAAGAUUUACAUUAACACUGAAAUAUCUUGUCCAGUUAUCUUUCUUUCUUACCUAGCAUUUUUCGUUUUUCUUUAUUUCAUAAAAAUCAAAUCUCCUUUGUGUUUCAAGGG